AUGGAUAUUAGGUACGAAGAACCUUUGUGUGUGGACGAAAUUUCAUUAAAGCAUGUCAGUGUUCUUGGCCAAGGGGCUUACGGCUCUGUCUCUCUCAAAGGUCAUCCUCGCCACGGUUUUUACGCAAAGAAGACAUCUCCAAUAGAACUCAUGGAGAAUCUCAAGAAGGAGCUCAGGAUCAUGCUUCACUUCCGUAAUCAUCCUCGCAUCAUUCAAGCCUCAAGCGAUCAACUUUACUUAGGUAUGCUCCUCAAAGAUUGCUACAUAUAUAUGGAGUACGCCUUCGAAGGUACUCUACGCGAGAUAAUCUCUGCUUUCCAAGGAAAGCCAUUGCCUGAGCAUGUGAUUGGACGCUCCACUCGUAUGAUCCUACAAGGACUCGAAGCGCUUCACUCACACGGCUAUGUUCACUGCGACCUCAAGCCAUCCAACGUUCUCCUUUUCCCUUCCACCACUUUGGGAGACCCGUGGAAUGUGAAGCUUGCUGAUUUCGGAUUAGCCAAGGAGCCUAAUACGGAUUCUAGGUCGUUGUUUGCUGGUACGAUAUACUACAUGCCUCCAGAAUCUGUUGGACCAGACGGAGUGAUCGGACCGGCCCUUGAUAUAUGGUCUCUAGGGUGUAUAAUUUAUGAGAUGUUUGGAGGUAAGCCAAUAAAGAUUGGAGAUUCAUACGAGUGGAGGCUGGACCAAGAUAUCUCUCCGGUGACCAAAGACUUCUUGAGGUUGUGCCAUACUAUGCAUCCAUUAAGUAGGGCUUCCGCGACAGAGCUUUUGAACCAUCCUUUUAUCACACAAAGAAACUCCAUUCCACGAGCACGACCAAUCCCAACUCGUUCUCCUAAAAGACAACAAGGCUUGAAGUUUCCUUUAAUAUUUACACGAACGAUAUGUGGUCCAUUGCCAACUCCAAUCGGUCCUACUAGAAGACAACAUGCAAGAAGCUGCGUCAAUGGUUCCAAAAACUCGAGAUCCAUUAAAGGUGGAGAAGAAUGA